AUCGAACGUGCCACGGCUGCCGACUACACCGGUCCGCCUGUACCUGGCGGCAUCUGCAGAGUCCACGAGACCGGGCUCGACGUCCAGACCUACUCACUGAAGACCACGGGCCGAAAGUCGACUUCACGUCGCAAGUCGAAUCACAAUGAUGCAGAAGACGGCCAGACUGCUGUGAAUCAGGCUCGCAUCCUACCCCUCCCCAACACUGAGCUGGUCGGGGAGUGGGACUCACUCAUCUACGAAGACGCUCUUCCAUCGAAGCUACUCCGAUGUCUCGUUCGCAUGCUCGGCGUGAUGAAACAGCCCGGUCUCAACCUGAGCACAUUCAACUGGAAUCGACUCUGCCUGCUUCACGGCCCGCCAGGGUCCGGCAAGAGCACAUUGUGUCGAGCACUCGCUCAGAAGCUCAGCAUCCGACUGUCAAAGAUCUUCAGCAGUGCUCUUCUGGUUGAAGUGAACACCAACACCAUGCUCUCCAAGUACUUUGGCGAGAGUGGCAAGCUGAUCAGCCAGCUGUUCGACAGCGUUGUCGAAUUGGCACGUCCACCCUUCACACUCGUCGUUGUUGUCAUCGACGAGAUCGAGACCAUUGCCGGAUCACGACAGAAGUCCACAGACGGUGAUGAAUGCAGUGAUGGGCUGCGAGCUACCAACCAGCUCUUGACAGCUCUUGAUAAGCUUCGUCUCUCACCCAACAUCCUCGUUCUGUGCACCAGCAACCUCAUCGGUGCCAUCGACCCAGCUUUCCUCGAUCGAGUGGACAUCAAGCAGCUCAUACCAAGCCCGUCACCAGAGGCAAUCUACAACAUCUUCCGAUCGUGUCUCAACGAGCUUGUCAGAGCUAGUCUGAUCGACAUGGCUGCGACCGACUCAGCUCCUCGCUCUGCUGUGGCACCAGAGACACCACGUGCCAGCUCACCUCAACCAUCCUCGCCAUGGACGAUCCUCGAGCCGGUCACGGUCCCGACCUUCGAAGACAUGACAUUCCUCGAUGCCGACUCGCCGGACUCACCUGGUCGUCUGGUAUGGGCACUGGCACAGAAAUGCGAGGGCUUCAGCGGCAGAACGCUGCGUCGUCUGCCCAUCCUGGGACUCGCAAUGCACACCUGGGGUGGAGACUGUUCUCUCAUCGACGCUAUUGCUGCGUUGGCCGCUGCUAUUGAGCAGGAGCUGAAGACGAAGUGA